UCCUUCCCCAGCAGCUAAAGCGGAUCUAUACAGCGGCUCCCUUCCCAGGCGGCGUCCCGCGGGAUGCAGCGCCCCAAGCGCCUUGCCUGUGCGUCCUGCAGCUGAGCCCGACCAAUAAAGUUAUUGUUGAUGCUGCCCGGUUACAAGAUGGCGGCUCCCAUGGAGAGCGUGUGAAUCUCUCCUGCCUGCUUCGGGUUCCUGCUGCAAACGUUCCUGGGGAGAAAUGCCAGCCUCUUUAAGAAAACUACAGCAAAUGGCUAUUUAUCUGGGGCUGUUAAGUGGUGGGGGAUGUGCUGUGAUGUAUUAUCUUAUGCAAAAAAAUUUUGCCAGGACACAGUAUUAUCAGUUGGCUAUUGAGCAGCUCAAGAAUGACUCUGUAGCCUUGGAGGCACUGGGGGCUCCCCCUCUUAAAGUUCACAACAUCAGACUGACAGACAAGAGUAAUCGCGUUGACAUGGCCAGAGCACAGUUAAAGAUACCAGUAUCCGGAACAAAAUCAGCUGGAUAUCUCCAUACCAGUUCAGUAAGAGACCUCUCCCUUAACUGCUGGCGUCUCCGAGAUGUCACCUUGCAACUCAGGGAUGGUCAGAAUAUUCCAGUGUACCAUUCGUGUGUGGAGAGCACCAACGCACAGGAGGGGUGAAAACCAAAGACAGCUGCUUUGCACAUCCUGUCACUUGAGGAUCUAUUGAUUGGUUGCAUAUUACUUUGAAAUUGUCCAUUUGUGACAAUAUUGAAUGUACAGUUAAAUGGACAGUCUUACAGUCCAAUUAUUUCUCUAGCACUGAGCUCAGUGCUAAUAUUGUUAAUUUCAUUCUUUAUUUGUCUGUAUUGUAGAAACCCAAAAUAAAAGAUUUUACA